UGCAGCUCCCUCUCAGAUUUUACGCACACACACACACACACACACACACACACACACAUAUUCAGAUGAACUGGAUCAUGAGGCUCUAAAACACACGCCCACAACAGCAGCAUCACUGUGCUGCACCACAGAGAGAGAGACCAGCAUAUACUCCCAUCUCUCACUCUCCAUCUUUCUCUCUCUGUCUGUCUCAUUCUGCCUCAUACACACAAACACACACACACACACACACAGACACGUGCUGCAGGGAAGAUCUGAGUGUUGGGUCGCUGAGCAUUCAGCCAGCCCCCCCCUCCCCUUCUUCUGCUUUCUCCCUCUCACUCUCUCACUCUCACUCCCUCUCCCUGUUCACCUUGUCUGUUCCGGCUGUAUGGUUUAUUGUUGCGUCAGAGCCAAAGAGAGCCAGCGAGAAGCAUGCCGGGGGAGAGCACUCACAGAUCUGUCCCCGCCGACAAGCAUCCAGAGCAGGGAGCUGAGGAGACAGGGCUCCCUGGACCAGACAUGACCAGACACCCAUCUACUGACUCCACCCCUAGUGACAGUGGCUCCUCCCCUAGUGAUUGUGGUUCUAGCCCUUCUCCCAGCACUCCUCAGAAGCUACUCCCAGCAUGCACCUCUCCAUUUGGACCACGAAUAUUUCAUGCAAUACCUAGUUCCUCUGGUUCUCCAAGACCUCAACCUGAAGGCUCUGACCAUCGCAACAGCAACACGCCAAAAUUGUCGGGAAAGUUAGGUGGUCAUGGACCGUGUGGCCGCCUCGUCCCUGUUAAGAUGGAGAGAAUAAAGGUCCUGACCGGGUCUGAGGUGGAAAGUGACUACCAAGAGCCACAAACCAUUGACACAAGGGUGGUGAUGGGUCAAGAGACACUGCUCAAAACAACAGAGAUCCAGAAAGGGAAACCCGUGGUUGAGCCGAGUGGUCAGGCAAUCCCUUUGCCGGCUAUCCCAAGCUUUUCAGAUCCUCAGGCACAAGCAGAGGAGACUCAGCUGGAGACCAGCAAAGAUGAAAGCCGAGCCCAAAGCCCUCAAAAACAGCAGGAUCAGCAAAAAGACCCUGUGCAGCCCCCAGCCACACUACCUUCCCCUUUUCACAAACCCCUGUUACCUUCCCCAUCCUCCCCAGAGCCUGUCACGACCAAUGACAGUUUGAUAGACAACCAGGAAGAGGUUCAAACCCUCUCUGAAAACGAAGUGCCUUCCCUCUCUUUUUCGGAGCUUGCCUGUCCAGUUGCUUUGUCCUUCUCUGAACCAGCCUAUGCUGUUGACCCUCUACGAGUGGGUGUGCCCUCAUCUCUUGACCCUGACCUGUAUUAUACCGCCCCUUCCACCCCGAUCAAGAUGGCUUCCCGCUCUUCACACCUUAAACAUCAUUCAUAUCCUGGCUCUCCAGCCUCCCCGCUCUCCCCUGGUUCUCCCUCAGACAGCGAGGACCUCUGUUCCCCUCUCACCUCUCCCUCUGGUUCUUAUAUCACGGCGGAGGGAGGCAGUUGGACCUCCUCUUACACAUCUUCCACCUCCCCAUCCACUUCUCCCAAUCUGCUCCUCACAGAGGAAGCACAGGAGGCCCCUGCUUGCUUUGUGAGCUCCUUAUCAGAAAUUGGAGAUGAAGCUGGGGAGGAAAAGGGACAAGUGGGACCAGAACGAGAGGAGGAAAGGGCAGGGGACUUCUGCCUGUACCGCCCUGAGGAUUUUGUCAGGAAUUCACGGAUAGGUAUAACAGGGACAGUGAUCCUCGAGGAGGAAGAGGCUGUAAAAGGGGAAGAGGUCAAGAUUUCUAGAGAAAGUUGUCGUCCAUGCUGGGUGACUGAGGAUACAUCCCCUCUAAGGAGCAGUAGUAGCCGUAGCAGUGACUCCCAGGAGGAUGGAGGAGAGUCUGAAAGCUCGCUCUGCCCAUUGGAAGAGGCUGGUUCAGACAGAAUAGAGUACCCUAGACCCAUGCCGACAGGCCUGAAAUUGCAACUGGAGGCAUGCAUAUCAGAUGAACACUAUGGACAGAUGGAUGACCACCCACAACUACCCUCCACUGCCUUGACUCCUGACAUAGAGAACAUGACCAUGGCCUCAUCUAGUCUUAGCCCUGACUCCCCUCUCACCCCCCUGGAUGCCUUCUGUUCCGGAGCCUUCGAUAGGCUCGGCCCCAGUUCUUUCAUGAUCUCACAGGCCGCUUGUGCUGAUGAUAUACCAGAGGAGGAAAGGAUGAUCCCUGCCUCCCUCAUCUCUUUCCCCCUCCACACUAGCCUUAUCUUUAAGGCUGAUUCAAUGGAAAUCACCCUCUUCCCCACAGAGGAAGAGAAUGAAAUUGAAGUUCAUGACAGAAAUGAAGGGAAGGAUGUUGAUGCAUAUGCAGCAGGAGAGGAGGAGGGAGAUGUUGAAGAUGAUGACGAUGAUGACGACGAUGACGACGAUGAUGACGAUGACGAUGAUGAUGAUUACGAUUAUGAUGAUGAUGGUGAUGGCAAUGCUAACGGUGCUGCUGAUGGUGAAGACGAUGAUGAAAAUAACGAAGAUGAUGACGGCGAUGAGCACGAUGAGGCAGGUGAGGAAGCCAAGGUGGAGGUGAAAGUGGUGGAAGAGGAGGAAGAGGAGGAAGAAGAAGAGCAGGACGAUGAUGAUGUGGAGGAGUGUGAUAGCAAAGCAGUGGAGGAUCCUACAGAUGAGGACAGCUCAGCAUCGUUCCUUCAUUCACUUUCAGACACAUCUAUCAAUGAGGGGUUGGACGAAUCCUUCUGUUUUCAAGAUGAUACAGAUGACUCAUUAGAUUCUGCCUCCUAUAAUGGGGAGGAAGAUGAACGUCUAUACAGCACUGAGAGGCAUGCACAAUCACUAGAACCAACAGCUUUGGAUGCACUUGAUCCGACUGACAUCCAAACAGAACCUGAACAGGGGUCUACCACUGAAACAGGUCAAGCUGAACCUUUGCACACACAACUGAGCACAGACGAACAACUGGAUCAUUCCGAACCCCCCUGUCUUUCUGAAGCCAAUGGCGCCCACCCCUUGGAUAACAAUAUAAAACCCAAACCUCUGGAUGAACCUGAACCCUGUGAACCUCAGCCAGACCCUGAACCAGAAUCUACCAGUGGAAUAAGUGAGACAGAACCUUUCCACACACAAAUGAGCACAGAGGAACCAGUGGAUCACCAGAAACCGAUCCUUUCUUCACAAGCUAUUUCUUGUCAACCAGAGUCCUCCAGCAACCCAAACAACACUGGGAGUGAGAGUGAAAUGAUAGAUAUCUCUGGUUCUUCCGACCCUCUCGACGAACCUGAAGACAGCCCACAUGUUAACCCCUCCACCGCCCCUGUUGUCAUUGAGGCUCCUCCUGACCCAGCUGAUGAAUUCCACACCUCUUCUCUUUCUGCCGUUUCCACACAGGAGACAAUUGAUCUAAACAGUUCCCUUCCUCUGGAAGAACUGGCCGAGGAAAAUCCCCAGAUGGCAGACACUGAUUUGCAACAGAGCAAUGACAAUUCAGAGGAGGAAUCCACCAAAGAACCAGAAAGGGACUCUUUCAAAUUGCUCAUCAAGCCUCGUAAUUAUCAGCCAGAAAGCCAAAGGACUGUUGGAGCAACUAGACUAGUGUUAUCAAAGUCUUUCUCCAAUAAAUCUGAUGUGCCCAGAGGGGCUGAGGCCAUGUGUAGGCCCAGCAUUCACAGAGAUUCUGACAUUGAGCUUGACCAGAAGAAUGGGAAUGCCUCAGCUGAGUCCAUGAGUUUAGAGUGUAGAAGUUCUGACUCUGGUCCCUCUGUUAAUAUGGCCACUGCCACCAAUGACUUGAAUAAAGGUGUUCUCCUUCUUUCCUGCCCUAAAGACCCUAGUCCCAACCCCAGUAAUAUCCCUGUUUCUGUCUCUCCAGAGAUCAUCUCAGAACUUGCUGACAAUCUGGCCCUGACCCCUGAACAUUGCCCCAGUGACUCUGCCCAGGAAAACCUGAGGGAAAACACCCUGAGUACUGAUGAGGGGGCGCUGGGAGCUGUUGGAUCUCCGCACUCCCCCCUUGCCAUUUCACCCAAAAGGGAAAACUCAGAAACAGACACAAGCAAGGAGAUGGUUCCUGGAGCUGGGGCGUGGUGUGAUGACAGGAUCGGGCUAGGGUUAGGUCUAGGAUUAGGUUCAGGGGCUGAGUUUGGUGUCUGGGGAGCAGGAGAGUCUCUUUCCCUGUCUCUGGGGAAGAGGUAUGAGUUAGAGGCAGAGAGUCUGCUCAUGUGUGACACAACGGGCCAAAGCACACAGACGGCUGUGGUUCCCAACAUGAGCAGUGAAGUGUAUAAAAAUUAUGACAAUGAUCUGGGUUCUGUUCUGGAUGAGGAAGAUAACAACAGUCUGUGUGGAAAGAGGGACCGGAUGGCAGAUGAAGAACUGGUAGAAGAAGAGGGAGCGGCUGAGUCCAACUUGGCCCGUUGGAAGUCCAUUGAGGAGAUCUCAGAAGCAGGCGGAGGAGAGGAUGGAAGCUCCAGAUUCCCAGAGGACGAUGUCAGUAAUCUAAAUCCAGACAAUGAUGGAGAUAACGCAGACACAACAAUACAACACACUUGGAAGAAUUCUAACAAUAACAAUGACUCUGCCUUUGACUCUUUGGAAGUAGCCAUGUGUGGAAGUCUGAAUGCUCUAUCAGAGGAAGUGAGACCCCAGAGUGUGAGUGUCAGUGUUAAUGAGUCUGUGUCUAAUAUUCCACUAGAAGAGAUGCCACCUCAGGUUUCUGACACAGUUGCUGAUGAAGAGCAGGAAUCGACAGACGGCUCCAUAAACCAGACAUCAGACACAUCACAGGCACCAUCCUCAAAGGAAGGUGUCUGUAGCAUCUCAGUGCCAUUCGUUGAAACUCACAUGGACCCAGCUGCAACAAAAAACCACUUCGAUUCGGCAGAUAAAUCAAGAUGCCAUACUCGUCCAGAGUGUCAGACAAUCACUCCAGAGAGUAAUACAGCAUUUUCUUUGCUACAUGGAUCCUUUGGUUCCUUUACUCCUAAAUGUAAAUCUAAUGAAUCCAGACCAAGGAGAGCUUGCAAAGACAAGGUGGAAAAUACUGGUGCUCUGUCAGAACCAGAGAUUUUGAAGCCUCAGACUGAAGGUCAAAAGAAAAGCGAUGUGACUGACAGACUUGUUGAUGAACCAAAGACUAAGGAUACCUUCAAAGAACAGCCGUGUGUUGUUUGUGACUCAGGGGAAGAAGAUGAUGAACAAAAAGUGGAAGAGAAGGGAAAAGAGAGAGGUGAAGAGAAGGAUGAGGAGAACAAAAAGGAAAGAAAAACCUCUCCUGUACAGAGUAGCCCAGAGCACUUUUUGUGUCACACCCCUAAAGGGGAAUUUUGCACAGAUAAACCAACUGCUGCUAAGAAAGGGAGGAGAGGGAGGCAGAACAAGCACAGGGCAUCUCAGAGAGGCAGUCACGCCGACUCUAGCCCUGAAUCUGUUGGUGAUCCAAAGAAUGAUGAUCCAUUAAAUACCACAGCAGAUGGGUGGUCAAAGGGGAUUGCAGACAAUUCUAAAACUAAGGCAGGUCGAAAGGCAAACAACAAAGCUUCAUCAAUGGACUGUCAACAGAGGACAUCUGGGAUGGACAAAGCAGAGUCUAGUUCACAGAUGCAGGUGGAUAACAGUCCCAGUUUUGAUGUCAAAAGUCCUACCCACGGACACUGCAAUUCAAACAUGCAUACCCCAGACAACCUCAAUGCUGUGGUGGCACUGAACCAAGAAUUACAACAGAAACAGGAAGUGCUUGAUAACAGACCACUAUCUGAUAGUCAGAGAGGAAUUACAGUAGACAUUAAUGACAACAACAUAGAUACUGGCCACAGUACGCAUACCCAGGAUACCAUAUCAUGCUCUCUGACUCCACUUCCUUCCUCACCAUCUCCUGAUUCCUCCUCCUCCCCUAUACCUUGUGCCUCAACAGAACCAGAGGGAGAUCUUUCCACACCUGUGCAGGAAUCCCAACCUGUCCCCUCAGCCCAGCAGCAGUCUCCAAUAUGCCACACCACUCCUACCGUUUGCUCUACCACCCCCACAACACAACAACCCCCAGAUUCCCAAACUCUUCCUAACAACGACGAUGAGGAUGACGACAACGAUGUCCAGGAGGUCGCCGUUGUCCUCUCUCCAUCAGCUCCAUCUGCCACAAGUGUCUCGUCACCUUCAUUCUUCACUGCCAUGCCAUUAAGCCUGUCCCAGCCUACCCAGGAAUCAUCUACACCUGGGUCAGGGGCUCAAGAUUCAGCAUGUGUUCCAGACUCCAUUCCCUGUCCCCAGUCUCAGUCCUCUUCGCCUAAUCUCAACACCCAGUCUCACAAACAAAUCAAGCAAGGUCGCACAUGGAGCACACAAGACCGGUGCAGAGGUCCGAGUUUGGCUGAGGAGGAGACAGACAGUGAGGAUGAUGGUGGACUGCCUCGACGUGGUCACAGGUCCCAGCCCAGAGGAGUCGCAGGAAACAGAAAUGGAUCGUUGCAGAACGAGUCUGGUCCAUCGAAUAAACGGGAGAUACAGCCUUUCUCUGGCCACCAGAUAACCGACAGGCAGUCGGGCUGUCCAAUCAACCACAGCCAUAAGAUUUCUGAAGAGAUUGACUUAUCCUUCAAAAACAAUUGCUCCAUAUUGGCUUCCUGUAAUGAGUCUGAGAGUGAGGGGUCAGUGCCUGAGCUAGAGGAGCCGGAGCCACUGAGACCAUCGGAGCCCCAGUCUCUCUCCUCUGCAGAUGAAGGGCUGAACAGACCAAAGCAGAGCCGCAGUGAGAAGAAGGCUCGCAAGGCCAUGUCUAAACUGGGUCUAAAGCCGGUCCAUGGUGUGACCAGAAUCACCAUUAGGAAGUCCAAGAGUAUCUUGUUUGUCAUCAGCAGACCUGAUGUCUUCAAAAGCCCUGCAUCAGACAUUUACAUUGUAUUUGGAGAGGCAAAGAUUGAGGACCUGUCACAGCAGGCUCACAAAGCAGCUGCAGAGAAAUUUAAGGUGCCUGUGACCUCUUCUCCCCUGGCCCCACCUGUCCCACCCAGCCUCACCAUCAAGGAAGAGAGUGAAGAGGAGGAAGAAGAGGUGGACGAGGGAGGUCUUGAGCAGAGAGACAUUGAUCUGGUGAUGGCACAGGCCAAUGUGUCACGAGCCAAGGCCGUCCGUGCGCUGAAACACAACAAGAAUGACAUUGUGAAUGCUAUCAUGGAGCUGACCAUGUGAGUGGAGGACAAUUUGAAACCUGAUCCCCCUUCUCCCAGCCUAUAAAGCCUAAACGCCACUGACUCUUCUGUAUCGCUGCUACUGUAUGUUGCAUCCCCAGUAUCUGCCAAAUAAAGUCUGUUCCAACGUGG